AUGUCUACUACCUGGUGGUCGCGGUUAAGCAAGAAACAGGAACAGGACCGUGCUUUUGAGUCACAGUCCAGCGAAAAGGAUCAGAGGAUUCAAAAGGAACCAGACGACGAUCCUGACCUUAGUCCUGGAGAACUGACCUUUGAAGAAUAUACCGCUGGAGGCCUCGGUCGUCACCUUGGUGUGACUUCUUGCACUCUCCUUAUCGUUGGACGGAUCAUCGGCACUGGUAUAUUCUCAACACCAUCCUCUAUCCUCUCCAGCGUGGGGUCAGUUGGCGCCUCCCUCGCGCUCUGGGUCCUCGGGUUCUUGCUUAGCUUCUGUGGCCUCUUCAUAUGGCUCGAGUUCGGCACCAUGUUCCCUCGCAGUGGUGGAGAGAAAGUAUACCUUGAGGCCGUCUACAAAAAGCCCAAGUACCUCGCCACCGCAGUAUUUGCUGUCAACUCUAUAUUACUUGGAUUCACUCCAAGCAGUUGUAUUGUCAGUGAUAUCUUCCUCUUGGUUGCCGCUGAUCAAACUGUGGAUCGCUGGAAUGAACGUGCUAUUGCACUUGGGGUCAUCUUCUUCGUAGUUCUUCUACACGGAUUGGCUCCAAAGACCGGCGUGCUGAUAAUGGACCUGCUUUCGAUAUUCAAGAUCGCAAUUCUGAUGUUCGUCGUGAUCACAGGUUGGGUAGUUCUCUCUGGAAAAACCAGCGUCGCGGACCCGCACUAUAAUUUCAGAAACGCGUUCGCGGGGAGCUCCACGAGCAGCAACGACUAUGCUACCGCCACCUUCAAAGUCCUGAUCUCAUACGGGGGAUGGUCUAGCGUGAACUACGUGAUGAACAACGUCCGUGAUCCAGUGAGGACGCUCAAGAUCGCAGGCCCGCUCGGUCUUGGUAUAUGCGCCGUUUUGUACUUGCUUGCAAAUGUAGCUUACUUCGCGGCUGCAACCAAGACGGAGAUCGAUGAGUCUGGUGUUGCUGUUGCCUCUUUGUUUUUCGGGAAUGUCUUUGGUCCUGCUGCGGAGCGUGCGCUGGCGAUUUUCAUUGCUCUCAGUGCUCUUGGAAACGUUGUUACUGUGACUUUUGCUGCGGCACGAGUAAACCAGGAGCUCGCAAAGGAGGGGAUACCCUUACCAUUCGGAAACAAAUUCUGGGCUUCAAAUUGGCCCACGGGGAAGUCCCCGCUUCCGGGAUUGAUCAUCCACUUGAUACCUUCUGCAAUCACUAUCAUUGGGCCUCCCCCAAACAUCGCUUUCCCCUUUAUUUUGGAUAUCGAAGGAUACCCACAACAGAUUAUUAAUUUAUUCAUUGUCAUCGGCCUGUUCUAUCUGAGAUGGAAGAAGCCAGAUGCUGUUCGGCCAUUCAAAGUAUGGUGGCCUCUCGCCGUAUUCUUCUUGGCUGCUUCUACCUUCCUCCUCAUCGCUCCCUUCCUGAGACCAGCCAAUGGCGUUGGCGACACCCCACCACUACCAUAUUACCUGUACUGCCUGGUCGGGAUCUCUAUCAUAUUAGCAGGCGGACUGUACUGGGUUGUAUGGCGAAUCGUUCUUCCCAAGGUAUUUGGGUAUUCGCUCGUACCGCGGAAGGAGACGUUGGACGAUGGGACUGUUGUCACUGUGGUGAGUGUUUGCGUUUUUUAUUCUAUGUUUGGUGGUUUUGCUCACGGAACUUACUUCCAAGUUUUCGAAUAA